AUGUCUAUCAAUCCUUCGAGCGAAAAAUAUCCUCGACAUACGUUUAGUAUAUCCCAAGUUAAACUAAGAGAUCAUCCAUUAGAUGAUUAUCAAAGAUUAUUCUUUGCAACUCUAAUGUCAAAAAAUGAUAAACCAUGUGAUCCAAACCAAAUUGUAGAUUUACAUGUUAAGAAAGUUACAUAUAAAUCAAAUAUGGCACAAAAUUUCUCUAACCCAAUAUAUCUGCAAGAUAGUGAAGGCAUGUCUGCUGCAGAUACCACAAAUACUACUUCAACGGAAGUUUUCACUAAGAAAGGAUCGAAGAAGACUAAAAACGUGUUGGAAUGUUUUGAAUAUCAACUUCCUGACAUUCAAAUGUCUAGUAUUAAUGGAAAUACUGAUUUUUAUAGUCUCAUUACGGAUUCAAAAAUAAGGGAAAACCUAUUCCCAAACGAUGACUGUAAAAAUAGAUUUAUUGAGGGUAAAAUUAUCAGUCAUUUAAAUGGUAAUGAUAAUAAAACUAGUAGAAGGAACUUUGAUAAAAACGAUAAUCACUCACAAGGCUCCAUGAUUGGUAAUAAGGGCUCCAAACAAAGAGGCGUUGAAGAUGACGAAGGGGAAGACAAUGACAAUGAGAAUCUCCGCCCUGAAAAACCAUUAUCGAAUGUAAUAGAUUCACUUACGAAAAACCAACAGUUUAAGUUACAAAAAAUCGGUUAUAAUUUAAAUUUAAAUGAAAAUUUAAUCAAUGCAAAUAAUUGUAUUCUUUGGUCUCAUAAUACCGGGUAUGUUUUUUUAACCGGAAUUUGGAGGUUAUAUCAAGAUGUUAUGAACGGAUUGACAACUUCUGCAAGAACAAAUAGAAAGGAUGAACAAGAAAACGAAUCAUUAUUAAAACAAUGCCAGUUGGCUUUCGAUUUCAUAAUGUCAAAUGCAUUCUAUGAACCCACAAACCAUCCUCAUCCUCAUCAUAUCGAUUUCCAAAUUAGGAAAAGAAAUAGAUCGAAUUCAUAUCCUGAUAAUUCAUUAAAUACUAUGCUUCAAUUGGAAAAAAAUGAGAAUAAUGAUAUUGAAGGAUAUGGGAAAACUGAUAAUAAUAAGGAAAAACCUUCUAAAGUAGAAUCAAAUAAGAAAAGAAGGCAUAGUACUAUUCCAACUUCCUCUUCUGGUAAAGCAGCCCUUGGUCCCAACAACAAUGAAACUUAUUCCGAUUUACAUUGGAAUAAUAUAUCAAGUAACAUCAAGAAUUUCCUUUGUGAUUCAUUCAAGCAAUAUUUAACUAAAAGGGAAAACAUUCCAGCUGAGACUUUGAAGAAUUUAACUUUAUCAAUGUUAAUUCAAAGAAUUAGAGGUGGUUAUAUCAAGAUACAAGGUACGUGGUUACCUAUGGAAAUUUGUAGAUCAUUAUGUCUUAGAUUUUGUUUCCCCAUUAGAUUCUUCUUGAUUCCAAUAUUUGGCCCCGACUUCCCAAAAGAAUGCGAAUUUUGGUACGAUGUACUUCACAAUGAAAUGAUUGAACAAAAAUUUGAACAAAAAUUAGAAAAAAGUCAGUUUUUACAACAAAAUGCUCAACAAGGGAAAGAAUAUCUUCGUAGUUUAAAGAGAAAAAAUGCAGAUAACAAAUCAAUAUUUAAAAAUAAUAUUUUACAAAAAAAAGAUGGAGAAGAUAAUGAUAAAGAUCAAAAAUCGAAAGUGAAAAGAAGAAGAAAAUUAAAGCCAAAGGUCUCUUCUAAAAAAGAAAGACGAAAUUCCGAAUCAUUGUCACCAAUGAGUUCAAAUAUUAAUACGAAUAAUAUUCAAAAGGGUAAUAAUGAAAUAAUUCACCCAUGGCCAAAAUUGCAUCCAGAAAUGAAACCAUUUCCCACGAAUAAUGCUCAACCACAGAUUCCCCAGCACAACAACAACAAUAAUAAUACAGGUAGAUUCCAUUCUUUGUCUUGGUCAGCUGCUGAUUCUUACAAUAGAAACCAAUUAACUGGAGAAAUAAAACAAGCUUCCUCCAACUUUACGUUACCACCUCUUAAGUCGGUGAUACAAACAUUACCACAAAACGAGGAUCAAAAUAUGCCAGGAAACCAAACUCGUGGGUUGACUUUAGAACAAUUCCAAUAUUUACUACAAUUGGAUCUGGUACAACAAAAAGAAUUUCCUAACUCUCCACCCUUUGUCGAGCGCCUUCCAGAACAUUUAAGAGGCGAAUAUUUGAUGCUUAAGGACCAACAACAAAGAUACUAUUUCGAAAGAGAACAGGAACGGUUAAGACACUACCAGGAAGUUCAGCGUUUACGAUAUUAUCAGCAGUACAAUAAUCCAAGACAGACAAUAGAUGGUGUAAUUUUACAAAAUCAAUCUCCAUUAGUUACAGAACCAUCUAUUCGUACUUUAUCAAAUCUUGCUACCUUUUAUACUACUCAUGGUCAUCAAUAUAUGUAUCCUAACCCGAUAUCCAUUCAACAAGCUCCCCAGUGGGUCCCACAGCGACAAAGUCAAGAGCAUCAUCGGCACCAAUCGCAAAGUGAACAACAACAAGAUCAGCCACUACCACUACCACAUCCGCAACUGCGACAGGAACCACAACCGAAACUCCAACAACAGGUAUCCAAUUACUAUAAUCUACAACAGCAACAGCAGCAGCAGCAGCAGCAGCAGCAGCAGCAGCAGCAGCAGCAGCAGCAGCAGCAAAGAGCUCAAGAACAAUAUUCAGGGCAACAAGUACAGGGACAACGAAUGUUUGGGAAUAGGCGUGCUUCUUGGGAACAACCGGGAUCGGUUAACUAUGCUCAGUUUUUAGAGCAACGACAAAGUAGUGGCCCGACUGCAAACAGUCAUUAUUUAUUACAAGAGCAAUUUUCUAGAAAACAAGAACAACAAGGGCAACAGGGGCUACAGGGGCAAGAUGAACCAAGAGUUCCAGUUUUUGGUUCAACGAUAGCUCCUUCCUCACAUAAUUAUCCUGGUGUUUCAUAUACUAACUAUCAAAUGACAAGUGGUAGUGCAGGAAAUACUAAUGCGACAGUCUCGAGCAAAAACGGUGACGACGCCAAAAACAACACCAACAACGCUACUAUUCCAGUGGAUCAAUAUUCAAGGUACAUGCAGCAAAGGUAUGAACAAACAGGGAAUAUGCAAAGUCCUGUUCCAAGAUUACUACAACCAGAACAACCGAAACAAAAUGCAUCUAAUGCGGCCUCUUCUAGAAAUCAAAAAAAUUCAAAUAAGGAAGUGUUGUAA